AUGAAAGGGCCAUCAGCUUUCUGGCCUUUGCAGUACCUGGACCUUGUCGAGUGCUACACUGUGGAGUACAUGCAUUGUGUGUUACUUGGGGUGACCAGGCAAUUCACGGAGUAUUGGUUCGAUUCCUCUCACUGCCAUGAAAAGUUCUACAUAGGACGACCAAGCACCCUGAAUUUCCUGAACCGGCGCCUGAAGGGCAUUCAACCGCCACAUCAUAUUACACGCCUGCCUCGCUCAAUCCAGGAAAGGCACUUUUGGAAGGCCCAUGAGUGGCGAAAUUGGCUUCUGUACUACUGCCUACCGUGCUGCCAAAAUACUCUGCCAUCACCCUACAUGAAGCACUUCGCAAUUCUUUCCGAGGCCAUUUUUCUGCUCCUUCAAGAGCAACUCUCACCUCCGGCCAUUGCCCAAGCAGAUAACCUUCUUCGACGUUUCGUCAACCGAGCUGCGGCAUUGUACAGUGAUAGGUGCAUGACAUUCAACGUGCAUCAACUCCUGCACUUAGCACGGGCUGCCCGCAACUUUGGCCCACUGUGGGCUCAUUCAGCAUUUGUGUUUGAGAGUGGGAAUGGCCAGCUUGUCAAGAGUUGA